CAAACCACAUGUAGUGUGAGCGGCGCGCUGUUCCUCGAGUGUCCAGCAGGGGGAGUGCGCUGUGUGUACAUGUGAUCAGGAGGCACGUGUGACUUCCUCCUAUCAGUGCGGAACUCAGGACUCCGCCGCCAGAGAUUACCCGAGCCCAGCCUGUCCGGGCACAUGGUGGAGGGAUGGCGGCUGGAUUCAAGUCAGUGGAGCCGCUGGAAUAUUACAGAAAAUUUCUAAAGGAGAAAUGUCGGCCAGAUGGAAGAGACCUGAGUGAAUUCAGGACCACUACAAUAAAUGUUGGCUCAAUUACCACAGCUGAUGGCUCGGCGUUGGUGAAGAUUGGGAACUGCACUGUAAUAUGUGGCAUUAAAGCGGAGUUUGCAACCCCUCCAAUAGAUGCUCCUAACAAGGGCUAUAUAGUUCCUAAUGUUGAACUUACACCACUGUGUUCCCCACGGUUUCGGCCUGGUCCUCCAGCAGAAGAGGCUCAAGUCGCUAGUCAAUUUAUUGCAGAUGUCAUUGAAAAUUCACAGAUGAUACUGAAAGAAGACCUGUGCAUUGAACAUGGCAAACUGGCGUGGGUUCUCUACUGUGACCUCAUAUGUUUGGACUAUGGCGGAAAUCUUCUGGAUACCUGUAUGUGUGCGUUGGUGGCAGCAUUAACAAAUGCACGACUGCCAUCUGUUAAAAUAAAUGAAGAAACCGGUUUGGCUCAGGUGAAGCUAUCGACAAGAACUGCCCUGAAGAUCCAUAAACACCCGCUUUCAACAUCAUUUGCCAUAUUUGAUAAUAAACACAUUCUUGUGGAUCCAACCAAUGAGGAGGAGAGUUUGGCCACUGGAUUGAUGACUAUAGUGACAGAUGAAGAUGGAAAGCUAUGUACUAUCAGAAAGCCAGGUGGCAGCGCUCUGUCAGCAGAAAAGCUUCAGGACUGUAUCAGUCGAGCAAUCACCAGACACAAAGAGGUGCAGAACUUGCUGGAUAGCGUUACGACGAAAUAAUAAAGACGUUUUAAAAUGAACAUGUAAAAAGUUUGUAUUUGUUAUAGUGAUGCACACCUUUUUUUUGUACUAAAUAAAACAAUAAAUGUGC